CAAAAUCUCAAUCAAAUUAUCGCAGAUCGCUACGCACGUUAUUGACCGGAACGAUAGAAGCGGCCAGCUGAUAAGAUAACAACUAAACUUCAGGUUUUUACUAUAUAAAUUAAGAACAAUCUUGUUACAGAUUACUAUAAAUAAGACUGAUGUAUUAAAAACCAUACAAUAUUUCUUUUAACGAGAAAUUCAAUACUUCAUCAAUAAAGAAACUUCAGUAGUAAUCACUUGAAACUUGAUACCGACUUGUUAAUUAAACACCUGUUUUAUAGCAGUUUAUCAAUAUUCAUUUCUUAAGAGUUUUCGGUAGUCUGCGAUCUCGCUUAAAGCCAACAUCAAUGGCUAAGGAUGUCGCAUCCAACUUUACUGGGCAAGAGAGCAUUAAAAAUGAAAAAUUAAUAUAUCCAGCUGCUACAAGAAACCAGGAACCGAUUUUGCAAGUUUUGAAGAGAUUCCUUAUCUGUGAUGUUGAUUCUAUUGAAGAUGAAGAAAGCCCAUUGUUUUUGGAGAUAGCAUCUGGUUCUGGGCAACAUGUGGCUCAUUUUGCUCCUCACUUCCCCGGAGUCAAGUUUCAACCAUCGGAAGUAGAUGGCAGUUUACUAGGAAGCAUAACUUAUUAUGCUGAAAACUGUAAAACAAAAAACAUUCUUCCUCCUAAACAAAUUGACAUCUGUAAGAAAUUAUCGAAUUACGGUUUUGAAGAAAACAGUGUAGACUACAUGUAUAGUGCUAACAUGAUUCAUAUUAGUCCAUAUGCAUGCACAAUUGGCUUAUUUGAAAAUGCUGGAAGCUACCUGAAGCCAGAUGCCCUGAUGAUAACUUAUGGACCUUACAGUAAAGAUGGUGUAAUAACGCCUGAGAGUAAUGUUCAAUUUGAUGCAUCACUCAAAUCUCGGAAUGCUGCUUGGGGUCUAAGAGAUAUCACAGAUCUAGUCAAACUAGCAGAACAAAAUAAUCUCACUUUAAUGGACACAAUUGAAAUGCCUGCUAACAACAAAACUUUAAUAUGGAAAAAGAAUUAAAUUAUGCAGCUUUUAUACUCAAUAGUUUAUACAGCAUUUUUAAUCAUUCAUGAUGUUGAUGAAUGAUGAUACUGCCUUUAUGUAUUCAUAAUAUACAGUAGAAUAUUAUAUUAAAUAA